ACGCUCUCAGCAAGUAUUAACACAAUACAGUCACAAACACCAAUGGCCUAAAGUCAGAUCACAUUUGUUAUUGAGAUGAGCAACCUCGGUUAGCGACCCAGUGAAUGUAUAAUAAGAUUACUGGAAGAACGUUUCACCUUGGUUUGGCUGCAGACCUGGUUGACCCAUCCCYAYAUCCUGCUGAUACCUUUAACCAGACAUUUCGUAUUAGCUCAUCCACUUGAGAGAUCGCAAGAUGAAUGACAGUCGAUACAGCCUACAUAAGGAAGAGGAUGGUGUGCUAAACAGUAACGGUCCAUACUCUCCAGUAAUGGUCGAAGACGUGCAUAUAAACCAUGCCUCGAAAUCCAAGCGCUCGAGAAUCUUUGCACUUAUAAUAAUUCUCCUUCUCGUGACUUGUGCGGUGCUCAUAGUUCUGUACACAAUGGAAAGAGGGAAGAGAAAAGAURCCGAGCAGACAGUCCAAGAAGAAAAAUCAAUUUCGCCGAAAAAAGUUUGCACAACUGAUCACUGCGUGCGAACUGCGUCAGAGAUAACGAAGAACCUUAACAAAGAUGUAGACCCAUGCGAAGACUUUUACUCGUUUGCUUGUGGYGGUUGGCAGCGUGAACACCCCAUYCCUGACACUGARUCGGAAUGGAACCAAGUAGAAGAAUUAAAGCAGAGRAAUAGGAACACAUUAAGAAGGCUAUUGGACAGCAAACAAACACGUGACAAGUACUCAAAGAUUUCAGCAGUUCAAAAGGUCUACGAAUAUUACGAUGCUUGUACCAACGAAAAAGCCAUUGAGAAUGCAGGCAUUAAACCACUGAUUUCAGCAGUUCAAAAGGUCUACGAAUAUUACGAUGCUUGUACCAAYGAAAAAGCCAUUGAGAAUGCAGGCAUUAAACCACUGAYAGACACUAUAGCAAAAUAUGGAUCAUGGAACAUCACAAAAACUGGAUUCAAGGGACCCUGGGAYUUCUACACGUAUCUMACUAGCAUUCACAGGGAGCUUGACAUCGCACCACUGUUCAAGAUUUCUGUCGAUCCUGAUAUUAAAAAUUCUUCCAUUCAUCGCAUUAUGAUAARGCAAACAAGUCACUUUGUCACACUCAAGGGAUACUUAUCAAAUGAAACCCAUUCACAAAAGGUUGCAUCUGCGUACAAACAGUUAAUGAAGGAAAUAGCAAAAUUGCUUGGAGCAAAUAUUGAGGAAAGUGCUUAUGAACUUCAGGAAAUAUUUGAUCUUGAAAAGUCUCUCUCAAAGAUAUCGCUCCCAAAAGAAGAAAUGGGCAAUGAAAUUAAAAUAUAUAAUUUAUUGACAAUCAAAGAAUUAACAAAGCGCACGAAAAAUGAGCUCGAUUGGUUAAGGAUCUUAAACGAGAUCUUCAAAGAUGUUGGAGUCUCUUUUAAAAACGACGAUCAAGUAGUUGUACUUGGCAUGGACUAUAUAGAAAAUCUUGGACUUCUUCUUAGACAAACUCCUAAAAGGGUCCUACGCAACUACAUGAUUUGGCAAAUCGUUGUUAACUUCGCUCUAGAACUUGGCUCUAUAGCGCAACCAUCUUAUGACCGUUAUAAGUCCGUCGCUGAUGGUACCAUUUCUGGUACCAUUUCUCCUUGGAAAGUGUGCAUUGAUGAGAUGAGCAAAAACAAGCUUCUUGGGUAUCCUCUUGGACUGAUAUUCAUUGAUGAGAAGUUCAGGAARGAAAGCUUGCACGAGAUCUCGAAAGUGAUCCAAGACCUUCGUGAAGUUUUUCUCUCCAAUUUGAAUGAACUGGAUUGGAUGGACGAGCAAACCAAAGAGAAAGCCAGAGAAAAGGCUAACGCAAUACGCGAAAAUAUUGGAUAUCCAAGCUACUUAAAAGAUCAAGAGGAAUUGGAUCGACGUUACAAAGAGCUCAAAACAAACAGCUCAUACUUCACAAGUAUGGUGAACCUUCGUCGAUUUGUCGUUUUCAAAAAACUUUCCAAAGUAAAUAAGCCAGUCGACAAGAAAAGAUGGAUAAUACCACCGCAAAGAGUAAACGCUUAUUACUAUAGAGUUACUAAUAAGAUAACAUUUCCAGCAGGAUUUCUGCAGCCACCAUUUUUCGAUAAAAAUUUCCCAAGGGCGGUCAGUUAUGGUGGCAUUGGUAUUGUUGUCGCUCAUGAAAUAACACAUGGUUUUGAUAGUAAUGGUCGAAAGUACGAUAAAAUGGGAGACCUGUCCAAUUGGUGGACUAAUUCAUCCAAUGAUGCCUUCGAAAGGAAGUCCAAAUGCUUCAUCGAACAGUACUCUAACGUUCGUGCUUAUGGAAUGAACCUCAAUGGUGUCCAGACUUUAGGAGAAAACAUUGCAGACAAUGCUGCCAUAAAACACGCUUUCAUGGCCUAUCAACAUUGGGUUCAAAAUCACAGAGAGGAGCCCAAUCUUCCCGGGAUGGAGUACACCAACGAUCAAGUAUUUUUCAUAAGCGCAGGCCAGGUGGAUUGUUCGAACACGCGUACUCAGAAUGCCAAAAAUGCUAUAGAACAGGGUACCCAUACGCUUAGUAAAUUUCGAGUGAAUCUUGAGAUGGCCAAUUCGAAGGAGUUUUCAAAAGCUUUCAAUUGCCCACUGGGGUCGCCAAUGAACCCAGAAAAGAAAUGCGAAGUGUGGUAGUCACGUGACACUUUUAGACCCAGUUCUCUCUCUUUCAAAUUAAAACAACUCUCAUCUACACAUCUAUCUAUCUAGGUUUACAUAUAAUCAUAUUCAAAUUCAAUGUCAAUUCAAAUCAUAGAAAAUCUAACGUGACAAAAAAGCCUGUUUGAAACGUYAAAUUUCAGAUGUGUAGACAUGCAAAUACUAAGAUAUUUAGCAGGUACAAGAUAUGGAAACAUUUGCACUGAAUAAUAACCUCCUGGAUUUUUGUCUGUGGCAUUUUGAAAUGUGUCAUCGAGCCUGAAAUUAAGGUGAGCGUGCAAAGAUAGAAACAUUAUUUCAUGCCUACAUAAAAAUAUACUAUGGUCGUCUCGUUUCGAUGCAAAGGCACGGUUACCUUUCAAGAUUCGGACGUGAGAGAGACGGUAUACAGCUAUUUCAAAAAACG